AUGGAGCAGCCGCAUGUAGAUCCGCAGGGCCAGACAGUGCCCUUCGAGAUCCAAAGUCAAUCAUUCUACUCAGACGACAUAACAGUAGAGAAUGCCAACGACCUUUGCCACUUGCUCGACCAUGAGGAGAACCUGAGGCUAUUCCGGCAGACCUACGGCAGACCAUAUGAGAAGAACGUGUCGCAUCUUCGCCAUAUGCUGGUAAACCACCUCCAUGAUCCAGUAGAAAACGGCACAGCAUAUGCCCUACGCUCCUACGAAGACGAACAAGCGAUCGGCUGGCUUGUGUGCCUACCAUCGCAAGGCGUCAACACAGAGCGUGAAGUCACCUACUCGGUCUUCGUCGACCACCACGGGCUUUUGACCUGGGAGACCUUGUAUACCCUCGCGCAACAUUGUAUCGAGCGCCAAGGGGUGACUAAGAUCUAUCAUCGGACUGGUUCCCUCACGCCCGAGACAGGAGAGGCGGCGCAGAAGAACACUUGCAUGACUGUAGACGGCAUUGUGCGACGAUCGCAGCUGGUCAAUGAGCACGAGGAGGGGAGAGUGUGCGAUCUUUAUUGCAUCACUAAGGAGCGCUGGCCGAUGGCAAAGAGGGCUGUCGGGGUGUGGUUGGGCAUGAAUUAG